GAAUGUGAAUAGGAUAAUAAGGGAAUCUGACAUAAGCCGUGUGAAGUACAGGAUAAUAAUGGUGAUGAUGAACCUAGAGAAAAAUGGUGGGGUCAGGACAGCCCCUUUUAGGUAUCUGAGGGGUUUUACAUGAAAUUUAGAUACUUCCGUGUAGUUCCAGAUGGCAAAAUAAGACUUAAUUUGCAGGGGAGAGAUUAAGUCUCGCUUUUAGGAAAAACCAUGAGUCAGGAAAUCCAAAUGACCUCCUUAAUCUUAUUGUAAUAGUUCUAUGGAAAUUGAAUUUCUCUUACAGAUCUGUUCUUAUUAAUGUUCUGUACCUGAGACCCUGUCUUUAUCACAAACAGAAAUGAAGACCUCCAGAGCCAGCUCAGCCUUACAUGUAGGCAGAGUAGGUGAAAUACCCAGGGAUGGACCCUGGGCCACAAAUACCUUUCCUACCAGCUUGUCAUUGAUGACUGCAGUUCCUAGAGAGUCAUUCCUUUGAGUUAAGGCAUUGAUCUUCUGUUAAAGUUCAAAUAUCUCUGGAGAGAUCACCACUGAGCAGUUAACAAGAGAUCAUACUCAGCGCUUUUUGAAUGGAGGUGAAAUGAAGGUGGAACAGCUGUUUCAAGAAUUUGGCAACAGAAAAUCUGAUACUUUUCAGUCAGAUGGCAUCAAUGACGCUGAAAAAUGCUCUCCUACCGUUUCUCAGGGUAAAAGUUCAGAUAGCUUGAAUACAGUAAAAUCCAGCAAUUCACCCAAAGCCUCCAAAGUGGUGCCUCUGACUCCAGAACAAGCACUGAAGCAAUAUAAACACCACCUCACUGCUUACGAGAAGCUGGAAAUCAUCAAUUAUCCAGAAAUUUACUUUGUGGGUCCAAAUGCCAAAAAAAGACAUGGAGUUAUUGGUGGUCCCAAUAAUGGGGGGUAUGAUGAUGCAGAUGGGGCCUAUAUUCAUGUACCUCGAGACCACCUCGCUUAUCGAUACGAGGUGCUGAAGAUUAUUGGCAAGGGGAGUUUUGGGCAGGUAGCCCGGGUCUAUGAUCACAAACUUCGACAGUACGUGGCCCUAAAGAUGGUGCGCAAUGAAAAGCGUUUCCAUCGUCAGGCAGCUGAGGAGAUCCGGAUUUUGGAGCAUCUUAGGAAGCAAGAUAAAACUGGUAGCAUGAAUGUUAUCCACAUGCUGGAAAGUUUCACAUUCCGGAACCAUGUUUGCAUGGCCUUUGAGUUGCUGAGCAUAGACCUUUAUGAGCUAAUUAAAAAAAACAAGUUUCAGGGUUUUAGCGUCCCGUUAGUACGCAAGUUUGCUCAAUCCAUCUUGCAAUCCUUGGAUGCUCUCCACAAAAAUAAGAUCAUUCACUGUGAUCUGAAGCCAGAAAACAUUCUCCUAAAACACCAUGGGCGCAGUGCGACCAAGGUCAUUGACUUUGGGUCCAGCUGUUUCGAGUAUCAGAAGCUUUACACGUACAUCCAAUCUCGGUUCUACAGAGCUCCAGAGAUCAUCUUAGGAGGACGCUACAGCACACCUAUUGACAUGUGGAGUUUUGGCUGCAUCCUUGCAGAACUUUUAACAGGACAGCCUCUCUUCCCUGGGGAGGAUGAAGGAGACCAGUUGGCCUGUAUGAUGGAGCUUCUAGGGAUGCCACCACCCAAACUUCUGGAGCAGUCCAAACGUGCCAAGUACUUUAUUAACUCCAAGGGCCUGCCUCGCUACUGUUCUGUGACUACUCAGGCAGAUGGAAGGGUUGUGCUUGUGGGGGGUCGCUCACGUAGGGGUAAAAAGCGGGGUCCCCCAGGUAGCAAAGACUGGGUGACAGCACUGAAAGGGUGUGAUGACUACCUGUUUAUAGAGUUUUUGAAAAGAUGUCUUCACUGGGACCCUUCUGCCCGUCUGACCCCAGCUCAAGCAUUAAGACAUCCUUGGAUUAGCAAGUCUGUGCCCAGACCUCUUACCAUUGAGAAGGUGUCAGGCAAACGGGUAGUGAAUCCUGCAAAUGCUUUCCAGGGACUGGGUUCCAAGCUGCCUCCAGUUGUUGGCAUAGCCAAUAAGCUUAAAGCUAACUUAAUGUCAGAAACCAAUGGUGGUAUCCCUCUGUGCAGUGUAUUGCCAAAACUGAUUAGCUAAUGGACCGUGAUAUGCUCAGAGAUGCAGAUGUAUGUAUUUUUAAUUAUCUUGCAAAUCUAAAAAUGGAAAAAAAAUACAAGCCAUUGGUGGACGUUUUUGUUAGACUAGACUUCUUUUUGAUAAGGCAAAACAUUUUUAUAUGACUGUAAAAAGAAUUCUUCAAGGGCUAAUUAUCUAAUCAACUUGUAUUGGCUAUCCUGGAAUAUACAUUAAAUGACUUU